AUGGUUCGCCGAGCAAGAAAGUUCAAGCAUCGAGACGAUGGAGUGCGGAUCUUCGCCGCAAGCCUGAAAGACAUUGAGAAGGCAUUGACUCCGAGGAAGAAGUCAGACCCGAGGGGACCAUUGUACGGCAUGUCACGAGAAGAGCUCAUUGUUCUGCGAAAGACUCUCACUGAGCUACUCGACAAGGGUUUCAUUCGAGCAAGUAGUUCUCCAGCGUCAGCACCAGUUUUGUUCAAAGACCGAUAUCCCUUGCCGUUGAUCGAGGAAACUUUGCGGUCGCUGUCCAAGCCCAAGUGGCUCACCAAACUUGACGUUAUCGCAGCAUUUCACAAGAUUCGCGUCGAGGAGGGAGACGAGUGGAAGACAGCAUUCAGAACACGUUACGGACUCUACGAAUGGCUUCGUUACAUAAACCACACGUUGCGAGAUUUCCUCGACGAGUUCUGUUCCGCUUACAUUGACGACAUCUUGAUCUACUCGAGCGAUGCAGGCCUGCAGAUUGAUAUCGACAAGUGUGACUUUGAGGCAAAGAGUGUCAAGUACCUGGGCUUCAUCGUCGAAGCCGGGAAAGGUAUCCGCGUGGACCCGGAGAAGGUAUUCUCCAACAUCGCCGCGCCUCUAACGGCGUUAACAAAGAAGGAUGCGGUGUUUGCGUGGUCGAAGGAGUGCGACAAGGCCUUCGAGGAGUUGAAGGCUCUUCUGACCAGUGCGCCGGUCCUUGCGCAAUGGGAUCCGGAUAGAGAGACGAUUGUGGAGACGGAUUCAUCCGGUUAUAAAAACGCACCGGCGGAGUGCAACUACCCAAUCCACGAUAAAGAGCUGCUGGCGAUCAUUCGCUGCCUUGAGCAUUGGGACGCCGAAUUGAGGAGUGUGAAGUCCUUUACCGUUUUGACGGAUCAUCUCAACCUCCGUUACUUCACCAAGAAGCAGCAACUGAGUGAACGUCAGGCGCGAUGGGCUGAGACGCUAUCGCGGUACAGCUUCACCAUCAAGCAUCGACCGGGCAAAGAAGCCGUCGUACCGGACACGCUGUCGCGACGAGAACAGGACAUGCCGCACAGCGCCGAAGAUGAUCGGUUGCAAGGACGACGUGUUCAGCUGCUGCAACGUAACAAGGGUGGCCUGGUGACAAAAGUCAAGAGCGGUUAUGUCACCAAGGGCGACACGGAUCAACCCGAUGACGCAACAACUGACCAAGACGACUCAAUCGAAAACCCUUUCUCGGACCCGGAACUGCAGAAGUUAUGGGACGAAGGUGUCAAGCACAAUCGUUAUUGGCUCAUCCAGGCCCGGCUCUGCUGGCGAGAGCGAAUUUGGGUGCCGAACCACGAACCCCUGCGACACCCCGGACGGGACAUGCUGAAGUCCUUGUUGAGCCGCAAGUUUUAUUGGCCAGGCCUCGAUUCAGACCCGCUACCUAUUCCAGACAGGAUCUGGUCGGAGCUGUCAAUUGACUUUGUGACAGACCUGCCACCAACCAAGUCGAACGGUUCGACCAACCUUAUGGUCGUGACGGACAGACUGUCCAAAAGUGUCGUUCUUGAGUCAUUGAAGGACAUCACGGCCGAGACGACGGCCAGAGCAUUGCUACGGAACGUGGUGCAACACCAUGGCGUGCCGCGCGCGAUCGUCACUGACCGUGGCACGCAAUUCACCACGCAAGAGCAGCAAGAGAAGAACGCCAAUUCGCGAAGACAGCCGUCAGACCAGUUCAAGCCUGGAGACAAGGUAUGGCUGCGACUUCGCAACAUCCGAUCCAAUCGGCCAUCCAAGAAGCUCGAUUGGCUGUCGGCCAAGUACACCGUCCUGGAGACCAUUGGGUCACACGCGUGCAGGCUGGACACGCCUCCGGGAAUACACAACGUGUUCCACACGUCGGAUGACUACCGCCCACCGGCCAUUUUGACGGACGAUGGCGAGCUGUGGGAAGUGGAAGAGAUUCUGGACAGGAAGAAAGUCGGGAGAGAGUGGAAAGUACACAAUAGCACUGGCUAG